GAAGAAUCGCGCAUCCCACUAAAACCACAAAAUCUUAACAAGAUUCCCAACUUCGUCACCUUCAACAAUAGAACUCUCUCUCUCUCUUCACCCAACAUUUUCUAAAAGUCGCCGAAACAAGAAAAACAAAUCAGACGCUGGAAUAUUUCCGUCAUCAUGGCAGAUUCUACAAAGGAUGUGCCGUUUAAGACGGUCCAGGUCGAAGCGCUGGUUAUUAUGAAAAUUGUCAAGCAUUGCUCGAACAGCUUCCCCACUGCCGCUACAGGAUCUAUUGUCGGCAUGGAUAAGGAUGGCAUUCUCGAGAUUACCAACACCUUUCCCUUUCCAACAGUCGAUGUCGCGAACGUCGAGGGCGGCCACCAGAAUGAUGCAUCUGCGCUUGCUGCUGCUGCCCCGCGCGCCAAGGCAAACAUCGUCUACCAGAACGAUAUGAUUCGACACCUUAAGGAGGUAAACGUCGAUGCCAACAAUGUUGGUUGGUAUACAAGCGCCACCAUGGGCAACUUUGUAAACCCCAGCUUCAUCGAGAACCAGUAUCACUAUCAGCGCGAGAACGACCGGACUGUGGCGCUAGUACACGAUGUUAGCCGAAGUUCCCAGGGUGCAUUGAGUCUUCGCGCAUUCAAGUUAACGCGAAAUUUCAUGACUGCCUUCAAAGAGGGAAAAUUCACAACUGAGAGUCUUCAAAAGUCAAAACUCUCAUUUAAGGACAUACUCGUCGAGUUUCCAGUCCACGUUCAUAACUCGCAUCUUCUAACCUCCUACCUCCACCAGCUACCCUCUGCCCCGACGGACGCAGACUUAGCUAUGCCGACCUCGCUUUCUGACCUUCAACGCGACCCUAUCAAGAUGCCUCUUUACCCAUCGACCGAUAUCCUUGACUUGUCGAUAGAUCCUUUCCUCGAGAAGACAUGCGAUCUUCUCCUCGAUAGUAUCGAGUCUCAUUAUACAGAGCUGAACAACCACCAAUAUUACCAGCGCCAACUUGCUCGGGAGCAGGCCAAAAUCACGGCAUGGCAAACGAAGCGAAAGGCAGAGAACGCAGCACGAGUUGCCGCCAAGCAGCAGCCACUCCCAGAAGACGAGUGGCAACGAGUCUUCAAGCUUCCCCAGGAGCCCAGCCGACUCGAAGGCAUGUUGAAUGCCAAGCAAGUCGAACAGUACAGCAAGCAAAUAGAUGGGUUCACGGCCAGUGUCAGUGCUAAGAUGUUCGCUGUCAGGGGAAAUCUUCUGCCAGAGUAAGAUUUCGAGAGGGGGAUAAAGGAGGUUAAUGGAAAUGGAUGCAUGUGGCCUGGCGUCUGGAGGCGUUCUAAGGUUUCUCGGGGUCUGUAGAGCUAAUUCUAUCAAGUUUUACUGAUUCUAUGCCUGACCUGUCACCAGCUAGGGUUUAUACGGGAAAUAAAUCAACAAAGUGAGUAUCUAAGAGGUCGUUUUUGAGAGUAUAAUUUACUUAUGUGUUGAACCUCAGUAAGAACGCUGCCUUUUAAAGCCGACCGAGUAGCGUUAACUGGAACAUCCUUGGCAACUCGUCAAACGAUGACAUUUAUUCUUGAUGUAUCCUGUGUAUGAUACCGUAGGUAAAGGUACCUAUGUAGUAUAUACCUACCUAGACGAGGAGUAUCUAGAUAAUAAAAGAGAUAAGUGGUAGGUAACAGAGGUACAAUACCUGGUACCUUGACGGCCUCAUCCAUAAUAAUUGAUAUUCCUUCCGUGUCAGGAGUUACCUAAGCGCUACAAAGAAUGGGAGAUGCGGCUGCAUUUGAGACACGAUUGACCUAUUAAAAGCUUCAUCAGGGUGAGGACGGCGAAAUAUGAGAAAUAAUCCGUUUCUCGCGGAGUUAUUGAUUUCCCAACAUUAGACGAAAAGAUUUGCCGAGUGGAUAGGAGAAACGGGAUGAGGGGCAUUUUUCAGGG